AGGGAAUUGUCCGUAGUAUUGAGCGUCCAAGUACGUAUGUCUGUGUAAAGUCAGCUUGUGUGCUUAAAGUGCGUGUGUAUGCUAAGAGUGUAUAUGUACUUUUAAGGUACGUAUAUAUCCUCCAGAGUGCGUAUGCAUGCCUAAAGCGUGUUUGUUAAUGUAUGCACAUCACCCGUAGCUUGGCAUCCACAUUGCAAUUCUCACACGUAUACUACGAUGAUCAACGCCAAAAUUUUAUCGCGGUCAAUUUCCGAAAACGCAACGCUAGAGAACACAGAUCGUUACCUUAGAGAUGGCUUUGAACCUGUGUCGAAUCUGUAUACGUCCACCGAUGGAGAGGGUGUAUUAUCUCAAAGCAUUAGAGUCAGGUCUGGCGGAAGAAGAAAUGACUAUUUAGAUAUUCGACGCAGCGUGACUCCAUUAGACGCUCAUCUAGCAGGAUUGGUACACGAAUCCAUGUACAAGUGUCACACUAAAGAUCGUAAGACCUCGCCUGAAAGAGUGCGCAGAGUAUCGAUAAGUGCAGCGGAUAUGGAUGUAUCAGCCACAAGACACCGCUCUGUGCCUGAACACGGGCGUAUGAAGCGUCAGGACAGUGGAUUAUCUUGUAAUAGUAAUAGUUCCGCAUAUCAGAACUCACAGCGACAUAAUCUGGAAUGCACGCGACACAGUCCAGAGACGGACGAAUUAUUGGCACUCGUGUCAACAGCCUCGGUUGGCCGUGGGAAAACUAGUUCGCGCUCGCAAUUGCAAUCACAAACGCAGAAAAUGUACAAGGAUACACACACAAGUGCUCAAGUGGAGCGGAAGAAGUGGUCAUUACGCUUGCCUACGUCCUGGGUGUCGACUAAGAAGGUGGCAGGUCCAACAGAAUACGUGGAAGGGGGUAGUUCUAGCUUGCGGUCUUUGCAUAUCACAAAGGAUAAGGGUAAGAAGUAUAUGUCAGCACCGAAUAGCAGUAGCCGAAGUGAUAUCAAGAAACAAUUGUCAGCACCAAAUAGCAGUAGCCGAAGUGAUAUUAAGAGAGGUAAAGCAAUGAACGAGCAUAUGGACUCACUAUCUGAUGCACAGCACCGAUCCCGUUCUGUGCCUCCCCAUCCCAUUAGAAUCAACAGAACAGCUAGUAACAUACCUACGAACGCAUGUUUGAAACCAGAACCUAGGCGCACGCACGUUCGCCGCCAUAGUGAUCCAAAGAGGCCAAAUAGCACUUUUCUUGCGUCCAUCAGAAAGGUUAAUACGUCGCUGGGUCUUGCGAAGAACAGAAACGGUCGAAGUAUAUCCACACCUGAGAAUUUUGUACCCGAAGUGAAGUGUGCAGGUUCGUACACAGGGAUGAAAUGGAACGGGAAAGAUGUUAAGAGAGAUAAAAAGAACGGAUUUCUAAAGAGCAGUCAGAAACAUAGCAAAGAGACUGGUGGUUUACCACGCACAAGCAACCGCCACUCGGGGCUCUUUAACGGUCGAUCUCGCGCACAUUUUAUAGGUCUGAGUGAGAAUGAAAUAUACGAGGGUGGUAUUGGCGCAUCGUCGGAAUCUGCCGAGUUGGUAAUAAAACCACAUUCCAGUGUUCCUGCGAUCCCAAGCAGCAAUUCCCAUAGCACGACGUUAGGCUUGGUCAGGAGCACCACUGAGCGGGAAUUGCUAGCAUUCGAUGCCGGAGAUUCAUACCAGGUUUCCGAGGAGCCAUCAUAUAUGCAUCUGUAUGAGAGUUUGGCAAUGCGUCGUAGCAGGGAGAGAUCAGAUCACGACGUGCAGUCGACUGAAGAUAAUGAGUACAGCACGCACGCGGCAUUAUUUGAAGAGUACACAAAGGGAAUGAUUGAUAGGAUCCUUGAUGCCAAUAGUGAAGGCGAAGCUGUGAGAUCGUAUCGGGGUGUAAAUACUUUGUCUGAAGGCGCUAUUCACGGCACUUCUACUAGGCCCCCAAGCAGGACUUCCAAUGCCACUAUUAGCGGACAGCUUCGGCACCAAGACAGCUUCGGCACGAAUGCUAGUUCGCUUUCAAGCUGCAGUGAGAGUAGUUUCGGAUACCAUGAACGCACUAAAAGUACAUCUUCGAUUGACGCACCCUGUGGGACGCCCUCGCCUGGUCUAAUGGUAGGAAAACCGUGCAAUCAUGCGCUCGAGUAUACAUUGUCUGAGUGCGAUUGUCACUUGACUGCUGAAGUGGGACAGUCAGUGCAUGCGUGCACAGAAAUAAGAGGCUGUCUGGAAGUGUGCACAGACAUGACUGUGCACAUAGAACCGCAAGCGUCAGUAGACGAUACACUCCUUACGCAGGAGCAUUGUCAUCCAAACAUACCUCAGGGACAAGCAUGGAGUGGUGUCCACACUAAACGCGGACAUCAUGCUUACGAGUCGCACGAGCGCACUGCUAUGUGCAUCUUGUGUGGACAGGUAAUGAAGAAACGCGGGGAAGCGCUCUAUGUUGCGGCGUGCGGCCAUACCUACCACUGGGGGUGUGCCAAUGAAUUGCAGUUAUCAACGGAGACUAAAAUCGGAACGCCAUUGCCCUGUUAUGUUUGCACGUCCUUUCCGUUCGCUUUCAAUACCUACGCUGUGCUCGAUUUAAGCGAAGAUGAAGCUGUCGAGUACCUGCGAAAGGAUGGUCGUGAUGGUUCGUUCCUGUUGCGCACCGCAUAUUCGCCAGAGAAGAGCUACCACCAAGUAAUAUCCUGUGUACAACAGGAUGUUGUGAAGCACUUGCAAGUACACACCACGGAAUCCGGAUCAUUCGCACUUGCGGACAUGCGCGAUUUCCUAACGAUUGAUGAGAUAGUGUUCGACCUGUACCGGAAUGCCUUUGCUGUUCACGAAGGCGGUGUCGCUGCCUACUGGCAACUCAAACAACCCUGUCGUAGAAGUAACAUCGACGUGUGAGCUGAAAACUGUUACUCAAGCACUAUUCUGAGUUAUCAUGUAUCCGCUGUAUACCUCCAAGUAUACAAUUGGCGUUGGUGAGCACAGAGUAUAUAACGAUUGUUCAGCUGUAGAAUCAACUGAGCUUUAUGACUAUGUCAUGCAGGACAUGCGUGUAGUCUAAUGUUGCAAAUAUGUUGAUUGAGAUCGCGCUGACAACGAGAAAGCAAAAGCAUUUACAGAACUCAUCCAAGGCACGCGCUCAUCCUAGCUGUAUAUCUAUGUAUUGGCUAUUUAGUGAGCAUUGAUCAUCGAGCCUAUCUACUUUAUUUCCCCCUUCUUAUUUCGCCAAGGUUAAUACAUCCUUGGUACUUCAAAAACACAACAAACCUUGAAAUCUUUUAAUUAGUACGCUGCGGAAAACAACAAGCGUUGACACCUUGAAUCAGUACUACUUCCUCUCUGAAGCUACGCUACACCUACAAGAAUAAACUUAAGUCGAAUUUG